AUGCUUUCGCAAAACUCUCACUCUGAAAUGAUGAUGAAUAUCUUUGGUUCAAACUUAUUAGACAAAAUAGUUAAAAAAUUCUCAUCAACAAAUAAAUGGAAACUUGAUGCAGAAUGUGAAUCUAAAUUUAGGAAAGUCAUAAAACAGGCAAUCAAUGAUUCACGAGAUAAUGCCAUUGACUCAUUACUAGCAUACUUAGCAAAUCCUAAAAAAGGAUUGAGGUCGUUGCCUAGUCUGAAAUUAAAAAGUCAACCAAGUGAAAUGACACUUAUUGUUAAUUAUUUGGAUUAUAUUAUGAAAGGACUACUUCAUCAGCCCGAUAAACACAGAGUUGAAUGGCCUAACACAGGUCUCAAGGAAUCUAAAGCUAGAAAAUUAGAAGGCAGGGCUAGACAGCCUGAUUUCUUAGUAUCAGCAAUCCAUCAAUUGGAAACGAGUAGAAUGCUAUUUAUAGGUGAAGUAACCUCCCCUGCAGAAAAAGGAAACGUACACAAGAAUUGCAACGAUCUGAUUCGCAUUGGAGUUUUUAUGAAAAAGUGCAUCGAUUCGGCUAUAGAUAAAGGUGCAGACAUCAAACUUUUGGGAUUUCAAUGCAUCGAAUAUUCUAUUGAUUUUUAUGCUAUGGAACUUAGUGCUUCAGGGCUAUAUUUCAUAUAUCAUAUUGGCCAAGCUUCGAUCCCUACUUCAGUAAAGACAUUGACGCAUUUUAUUGAUGACGUAGAAAUUUUUCUGACAAUACAUAAUAUCUUUCGAGAAUCAUUUGUUAAAUUUUAUAAUAAAUUAUGUAAUCCAAAAGAAAUAAUGAUGAAAGCGUCAUUUAAAUGUGAGACUUUAUCUAUACUAAACUUCAACCAACUUGUUAGUAAUACUCGUAAUGUCAAAAGGAAAUGUUCUUUCUGGUUUGAAAGAUUUUAG